CGUAACAUCAAUCUUCAUUACAGUCACUUGAUUUCUACUACUUCGCUUCCUUUCUUUGAGGUGAAAAAUGGAGAAAGCCAACGCUCGUUUAGCCGUUCUCUCUGCGCACUUGGAGGUGUCUGAUACCGUGGGACUGGAACAAGAUUUUCCGGCGAUCGAGCCAUGGUGCACAUCGGCUCACACAAGUGCUGCACUGCAUGGUUCCCUCAAGGGAAACUUGACCAUCGUCGAUGAACGUACUGGAAAGAAGUAUCAAGUCCCAGUAUCAGAGCAUGGAACCGUGAAAUCCGUUGAUCUCAAGAAGAUAACGACAGGAAAAGGUGACAAGGGGAUUAAGUUAUACGAUCCUGGUUAUGUAAACACCGCUCCUGUUCGAUCUUCAAUUUCUACCAUCAAUGGAGAUGAAGGAACCCUACGUUAUAGGGGAUACCCGAUUGAAGAGUUGGCUGAGAAAAGUACUUUUACUGAGGUUACCUAUCUCUUGAUUUAUGGGAAUCUGCCUUCUCAAAGUCAGCUAGCUGAUUGGGAGUAUGCUAUUUCUCAGAAUUCAGUUGUGCCACAAGGAGUGUUGGAUAUCAUACAGUGCAUGCCUCAUGAGGUACAUCCAAUAGGAGCUCUUGUCACUGGGAUGAGUGCACUUUCCCACUUCUAUCCUGAAGCAAAUCCUUCUAUUAUGGGCCAAGGUAUUUACAAGUCAAAACAACUUCGUGAUAAACAGAUUGUUCGUAUUCUUGGACAGGCACCAACAAUUGCAGUAACUGCUUAUUUGAGGAAGUUAGGCAUGCCUCCUGUUCAACCUUUGAGCAACCUUUCUUUUGGAGAGAAUUUCCUCUAUAUGGUGAAAUCAAUGGGCAAUAGGUCUUACAGGCCUAAUCCUCGGUUGGCUCGAGUGUUGGACAUCAUCUUCAUCCUGCAUGCUGAACAUGAAAUGAACUGCUCUACUGCUGCUGCUCGGCAUCUUGCCUCUAGUGGUGUUGAUGUGUAUACCGCUGUUGCGGGAGGGGUUGGAGCCAUUUAUGGUCCACUUCAUGGUGGUGCAGUUGAGGCUACUGUUAACAUGUUAACAGAGAUUGGGAGUGUUGAAAAUAUUCCGGGGUUCAUCGAAAGCGUGAAGAAUAGGAAGAGGAUGUUGUUUGGUUUCGGACACCGCAUUUACAGGAACUACGACCCGCGAGGAAAAAUCGUUAAGAAACUGGCGAAUGAAGUGUUCUCCAUUGUUGGAAGGGAACCUCUGACUGAGGUAGCAGAUGCUCUAGAGAAGGCGGCACUCUCUGAUGAAUAUUUCAUUAAAAGAAAGCUUUACCCAAAUGUCGAUUUCUACACUGGAUUGAUCUAUAGGGCAAUGGGAAUCCCAUCAUCAUUCAUCGCAGCUGUGCGUAUCGCUGGAUACUUGGCACACUGGCGUGAGUCGUUAGAUGAUCCUGAGACUAAGAUCAUGAGACCCCAACAGAACGAAAUAAUAGCCGCCAUGGGGAACCAUCGAUACUACCUGCUCUGUUUCUUAAACGUGUGGACAGGCUUAUCCGCAACCGGUUACUCUCUCUUCCAACUAAUGGAAAUCACUUGGACUACAUGGCUUAGUGGUCUAUAACGGAGUGUGGCUCAGGCACUACCAGCCACUGAGAGAAAGAGCCAAGUGAUUCGGACUAAAUCAGUUGGGUCAAGUUUCCAUUUCGAAUGCAUUGAGAAGGCGUUAGCUGAGUCAAGUCUCUAUCCUACUACCAAUAUUUAUAAAUCUGAGCCGGAGAGCAAAGUCAGUAGAACUCCAUUGUAUAAGAUAAAUGUGUGUGUAUGUCUAUAACUCUAUAUAAGUUGUGAAAAUAUAUUUAAAAAAAAAUAUUA